AUGGAAUUUGAUAAUAUCACUCCGAGAAUGAAAAAUGGAAUUCUCCUGCUAGACUACUUUGCAGAACCUGAGGAAUUUUAUAAGGCUUCAAGUUCAGUAGAUCUUUCAUUUUUGAGGGAUAUGAAGCAGUAUCCUGUAUCUCCAACCUGCUCGAAAGUUUCAAAGCGAUCCAGUUAUAGCGGGAGCAGAGUUGAUCUUGAUACUCUUUCAGAUGUGAAAUGGUCGAAAAUUUCGAAACUAAAUGAAGAGAAAUUUGAUGAUAUGAUAAUUGAUUCAGAGUCAUCCCUUUUAGCACAGAAAUAUACUGCCAGGCUCCUCAACAGAGCUCAUAACCGAGUUUUCACUCAAUUUUUGGAGAGCGAAAAGCUUGAUGAUCUUGACUGAACCGAAGUGCAACCUAUAGUUCUAGAUUAUCUAGAGAAAUUAUAUUUCAAAUGUGAAAAUAUUUGAAAUUUAAACCAAAAAGACUUCAGAAAAUUUAGCCUUGUAGUUUUGAAGAAUGAGGAAAUUGACACACAAGCAAAGGAAACUCCAUCUGAAGAGAAAGCAAGUAGUGGCGUUAUUUCACAAAACUUAUGUCUCAAUCUUGAAGGGGUGUUUAAAAGUCAAGAGACUAAUAAUGAAGAAAGCAAGAAAGAAGUACUAACCACCAGCAAUAACUCCAUUUCCGUGAUCUCUGAAGUUCCUAAUAUCCAAGUUGUAGAGGAUAAGUCUGAAUUUUCAGUGGUUAGGCAUCUUAAAGGAUUACCACAACAGAAGGAAUUCAAGCCUGUCCUAUCCAAGAAGGAAAAAGUUAUGAACAACCCCUUAAACACCACCAAAACAAAAAUCGAAGAAAACAAGGAGACUCCACAGCCAGACGGAAGGAGGAAAUCAACUCUUAAAUCUCAGAAGCCACUUCGAGAGAGCUUUCGUAAUAUAACAAGUAAGGAUAUGGCACCUGUGAUAAAAUAAAAGAGAAAAGCCACUAAAAAUUACGAAGAAAAUAAGAAUCCAUAAGAAGAAAAAUACUAAGAUGAGCUUUAUGAUCAACACUAAGCAUAGAAUAGAGGUUGACCUUCCUUGUUUAAGUGGAAAGUUCCGGAAGGGGAAGAAGUUAAUCAGGAGUAAAAUCAGGCCAUUUCCCAACAAAAUGAGGCUUAUGUCACCUCCAGUGAUGAAUAAGAACAGACUAAAUCUAGAAAACCAGGAUACAGAGGCAAAAUACGAUAAGGAAAAGGCCUUGCUCAACCUAGUUUUCAGAAAAUUUGUGCAAGAAAAUGUCAUAAAGGAUCUCAUCUCUGAAGUAGUCACUGAUUCAGUCAGGAAUGUAAUUCAAAAUGCAAAAAUGAAGCGAAGGAGGAAUCGAAGUCUUGCUAAUACUCGUAAAGGAGACCCUAAUGCAGUGCUUACGAUCAAGCAGAAUUCUAACAACGUGAAGAAGGUGAAAAUAAAGGAGCUCCUCGGUAAGGAUUUUAAGCACAUUAAGAUGCCUAUUCAGAACAAGCCGGUCUCUGUACACACUCUAAACUCCCAGUACGACCUGCAGAAAUAAGACUUUACGGAAAAUGAAGAUGUUGGACUUAAUGACACGCAAGAAGCUGUCAAGGAAAAAGAAAAAGAUUAUUCAAACCUACGGUAAAGACAUGAUUUCUGAGAUGUAUCUUGAUCUAAUGAAUCUCUCUGAGAUGAAAAGGAACGAAAUCCUCAUGAACUUCAACAAAGACCGGAGAGGCUCCAGCCGGAUCCAUCAGAAUGAGUUUGAUGACCCUAAUUACAGAUUUGUGGACAAGAGUAUGUUUAAUCAGACCAGAGCACUGCAAGAAGGCAAGGAAAUGAACCAGAAGUUAAUCGCUUCCCAAGGCAAAUCCUUGUUCAAGGAUCUCAAGUGUAGCAUCAUGGACUCUUCUUAUCGGAUGACUAACAGAGCAAAAAGUUCGAAAAAUAGAAAAAGGGUCAAAAGGAAUCAUAACAAAUUUCUCCAGAAUAAAACUUUACACCAUAGUACUUCGAACCAUGAUAGGAGCUUAUAUAAGAUAACCCAGGAAAAUCCUAAGAGGAGAGUCAAAUCUCCCAAUCAGCAUAUGAAACUACUUGGAUUAUACACUAAGAAAAGUAUGCUAGAAGAUGUCCUGAAGAUGUAUAAAGCAGCCUCUUCUGAUUACCGCAAUGAUACCUCUAAAGAUGAAAGCCUCUGCAUGAAUUCUCAGGAUAAAGACAAUGAAACCCAUUAUUCCACCUUUCAGCAAUCUGAUAAAAUGAAGGUAAGCUGCAAGAAAAAGAGGGUGAAAAAUAGCCUGCUUAGGGCUAAAAUAAAAUCUCCAGAACCGAUGAUUCAUAAGCUUGAUGAAGAACUAUUCAGAAUUGACGAAUUCAGAUAACCCUAUUGCACUAUC